AUGGAUGGAGGAAAUCAGUCUAUAGUGUCAGAAUUUGUGCUUCUGGGACUUUGCCACUCAUGGAACAUUCAAGUCUUACUCUUUAUGAUAUUUUUGAUGCUUUACCUGGUUAUCGUACCUGGAAAUAUUGUCAUCAUGACCUUAAUCAUCACUGACCCCCAUUUACAUUCGCCCAUGUACUUCUUGUUAGCUAACUUGUCCUUUGUUGAUAUGUGGCUCUCCUCAAUUACUACGCCUAAGAUGAUCACAGACUUUCUCAGGGCAAAUAAGACCAUUUCCUUUGAAGGAUGCAUGUCCCAGGUCUUCUUUUCUCAAUUCAUUGCAGCACUUGAGAUGGUUCUCCUCGUGGUAAUGGCCUAUGACCGCUAUGUGGCCAUCUGCAAACCACUGCACUACUCCACCAUCAUGAGCCUUCACAGGUGCAUUGUUCUGGUGGUGACUGCAUGGACAGCUGGCUUUGUGCAUGCCAUGAGUCAAGUGGUUUUGAUUGCGAAGCUUCCUUUCUGUGGCCCCAAGGAAAUAGACAGCUUCUUUUGUGACAGACCACUGGUGGUCAAGUUAGCCUGCACGAGUCAUUAUAAUUUGGAAAUUUUCAUGAAUGUUAAUUGCGGUUUUGUAGCCCUAACUUCUUUUGUUCUGUUGCUGAUUUCCUACACACACAUUCUUGCCACUGUUGCAAAAGCUACUGGUGCAAACAAGGCUCUGUCCACCUGUACUGCCCACAUCACGGUGGUGGUGCUCUUCUUUGGGCCCUGCAUCUUCCUGUAUGUGUGGCCACUCAGCCUCACCUGGAUGGACAAGUUUCUUGCUGUGUUUUACUCUGUUUUUACUCCUCUCCUAAAUCCAGCCAUUUAUACCCUAAGAAAUAAUGAAAUGAAAAACGCUAUGAAGAGAUUCAGAAUUUAUUGUGCAGAUUCCAUGUGA